AUGAUUUCUGAAGACCUUUUGGUCGAAAUUCUCUUAAGAUUGCCUGUGAAACCCCUAGCUAGAUGCCUAUGUGUGUGCAAGCUUUGGGCCACAAUCAUCCGCAGUCGAUAUUUCAUCAACUUAUACCAAUCUCGAUCCUCUACUCGUCAGCCAUAUGUCAUGUUUGCUUUACGUGAUAUAUUCACAUCUUGUCGUUGGCAUUUCUUCUCGUCAUCCCAACCUUCUUUGGUUACCAAGGCGACAUGCAGCGCCAAUAAUUCUUCUCAUACGCCUGAUUGUGUCAAUGGCUUGAUAUGUGUCGAAUACAUGUCUCAACUGUGGAUAUCCAAUCCUGCCACGCGUAAGGGUGUACUCGUGCCCCAAUCCGCUCCACAUCAAAAGUUCAGGAAAUGGUAUAUGGGAUAUGAUCCUAUCAAUUAUCAAUACAAGGUUUUGUUUUUCUCAAAACAAUAUUUAUUAUCUCCCUAUAAACUGGAAGUGUUUACAUUGGAAGGUCAAGGUUCAUGGAAAAUGAUCGAGGUUGAGAAUAUUCCUUCUCCCUCAACCAGAGGAAUAUGCAUCGAUGGGGUUGUGUAUUACGGUGCUCAGACGGCGCAUGGACUGAGGCUUGUUAGAUUCUACGUGGCUACUGAAAAGUUUGGUGAUUUCAUUGAAAUACCGGUCGGGGCUAGUAAUGUUUAUGAUAUGAACUUUGGUUACUCUAAACUUGUGAACUAUCAAGGGAAACUAGCUUUACUUGCUGCAAAAAGUAUGAGCAUGUAUGAUUUAUGGGUUUUGGAAGAUGCCGGGAAACAAGAAUGGUCUAAGGUUUCUAUCGUUUUAACUCGAGAGAUGUUUUCGUAUGAUCUUGUUUGGCUAGGUGCGGUGGGUUUUGUUGCUGGUAGUGAUGAGCUUAUAGUUACAGCUCAUGAUCGAUUUUAUCAGAUUUAUCUUGUCUAUGUUGAUCUCAAGAUGAAACGUUCAAGGGAAGUUUGGCUCGGAGGGAUCAGAUGCUCAGAUCGAUCAUCUUUAGUGCUUACUUUCACGGAUUACGUUGAAAGUAUUAUGUUAUUGUAA